GAGGACUCUCCUGUCCCAAAGAAAAGGAAGACCUCGGAACCCGAGACUGAUGCCCGGGACUUUACACAGAAAACCACCAUCGAGAAGGCCGCCCUUUUUUAUUCGGUGGUUAAGCGGUUCAUCUCGAAGCCGGACAUUAAGGUGAUUCGGGGGCUUUCCGAGGAACAAGAGCACUUGAUUCGUAUGGCGGUAAUGAGCCAUCACCAUACCGCCGGCUUUCGAAAGCUGCGAGAGGGGCUGAAGGAGCAAACAUACCUGGCCGUCGAGCGGGGCGAGGAGAUCGAGAGGCUGAUCAAAGGCUUCGAGGAGGAGAAGAAGCUCUGGGCCAAGGAGAAGGCUGCUCUGGAGCAAAAGGUCCAGGACUCGACGAGCCAACGGGACAGCGUCUUGCGCAAUCGGGACCUCAUUAUCGAGGAAUGGAAGACCUCGAACGCAGGUCUAGAGUUUGCGGCAAACAUAGGCCUAGAGGCGUCGGAGGUGGCUGCUCGAGAGGUCGUGGCGAGGCUUCAAGAGGCCUUCAAGAAGGUAUAUCCCCAGGCCGACUGGCAGGCAGUCGAGGCAGAAUAUAAUGCGGCUGUUGAUGCCACCUUUCACGAGGGCAACGACUACGACCCCGAGCUCCAGGUGGAUGAUGCCAUCGACAUAGGGGAUCUUCUUGGGGGGGGGGGAAGCCCAACAGAUCGAAGACCCCUUGGCCGUCAGGACGCCCGUCGCUCAAGGAGAGGAGGUGCAUGAGGAGAACUCGGGAGGCCAAGAAGACUCGAGUGACAGCUCUUCCUCCUAGAGUGACGAUGAGGAGGUUGUGUCUGAGACCUCGGACAACGAUACCUCGAGUAGCUCUCCUUAGCUUUUGUAUUUCACAGCUUUUUGCCUUUUGUCCUGACUGUA